GAAUAUGCUGCUACCGUUACUGUUAAUCCCUUGACUGCUCUGAGGAUGCUGGAGGACUUUGUCUCUUUAAAAGCAGGAGACUCGAUUGUUCAAAAUGGAGCGACAAGCAUAGUUGGACAAUGUGUCAUACAGCUUGCUCGGAUUCGCGGCAUCCAUAGCAUAAAUAUUAUUCGUGAUAGGGCAGGGUCUGAUGAAUCAAAAGAAAAACUCAAAAGACUUGGAGCUGAUGAAGUUUUCAGUGAGAGUCAGCUUGAAAUAAAGAAUGUUAAGAGCCUCUUGGUACGUUGGGCUAUUUUCCUAUUAUAAUUUGUUGGUAGCAACUAAUUGGGGAGUGAAUUAAGAAGGCAUGUUUUUAAGGAUUAUAUGAAAUUACAAUAAGACUUCUGCAAACAGGUAGCCUCAAAUAAAGGGAGAAACAAAGAAGUUGAAAGGCUAGAAUCAUAGUUUUAUG